UGGGCAGCUGCUUCCCGCCGCAGCGGCCUCUCCAGCAGGCGGCCAGAGCGGGGCCUCCUUCCGCCCCGCAGCCCUCGGCCUCACGUGAGGGGCGGGUCGGACUCGGAAGAACGCGAGAGCCCGAGGAGGAGCGCGUCUCUGGGAGGCCUCCUCCUCUUCCUCCUGACGCAGCAGCAGCUCCUCCUCCCUGCCCGCCGUGGCUCCGCAGCAGGCCGCCGCCGCGCAUGUGCCUGAGGCCCUCCUCGCUCGGUCGUCGGUAGCGGCUGAAGUGACGACGGCGACGACCACGACGGCGACGGGGCCUCCUCCGUCUCCCAUGGCCGGGACGCGCUGGGUGCUGGGCGCGCUGCUCCGGGGCUGCGGCUGUAGCUGUAGCAGCUGCCGCCAGACAGGCGCGGCCUGCCUCCCGCCGCUGCGCCCCGCCAUCUCCGCCGCCUCCGCCGCGCGCUCCAACGCCUUCGGCCUCUCCGGCCGCCGCCGCCUCUUGCUGCUACUCGGGGCAGCCACGCAGAGCCGGGGGUUCGCCAGCUCCGCCGGGCCGGUGCCUGGCUUCGGCUCCUUGCGGGGCUCGCUGCUGUCGCCGGCCCUCGCGGGGAGAUGCUACAGCCAGGAACCCAGUACUCCAUUUCCAGAUGAGUAUCCUCCUCUCUCAGAAUAUGAGCCAUCUCCAGCCAAGUCAACCGAGGAAGAUGAUGUAUAUCUUAUUCGUGCCCAAGGUCUGCCUUACUCCUGUACUGAGGAAGAUGUUCUCAACUUCUUUGCAGGCAGCAAGAUUCGAAAUGGAGUGAACGGCAUACACUUCCUCUUAAACCGAGAUGGCAAACGAAGAGGAGACGCUUUGGUCGAAUUGGAGUCUGAACAGGAUGUGCAGAAUGCCUUGGAGAAGCACCGGAGAUAUUUGGGCCAGCGGUAUGUGGAAGUUUUUGAAAUUCAUAAUGAGGAUGUUGAUGCCAUCAUGAAGAGCCUGCAGUCCAGCUCAACUUCUGUCACAAAUGACGGAGUGGUACGGCUGAGAGGCCUUCCCUACAGUUGCACUGAAAUGGAUAUUUCUGAGUUCUUCUCAGGUUUGAGUAUAGUUGAUGUAACAUUUGUCAUGGAUCAGAGAGGAAGAAGGAAAACGGGAGAAGCAUUUGUGCAGUUUUCUACACCUGAAAUGGCUAAUCAAGCCUUGUUGAAGCAUAAGGAGGAAAUCGGGAAUCGAUACAUAGAAAUAUUCCCAAGCCAGAGAAGUGAAAUUCGAACACACAAUGGCUUUUUCCGAGGGAAGAAGAUGACUGGUUAUCCCACUAUGAAACAAGAAGCUGAAUCCGUUUUUGAGGAAAGUGAGUUGUGUGAUGCCUUAAGACCUGCUGCAGUUUAUGAGAGCGAUAAAGAAAAUGAUGUUUUUAAGCAAGCAUUCGAAAAGCCUCGGGAGGUGUUGGAAUCUGGGAGUUUCUCCUCGCUUCACUUUGUUCACUUGAGGGGUCUGCCUUUCCAGGCAACUGCCCAAGAUAUUAUAAAUUUUUUUGCUCCCCUGAAACCAGUGAGGAUCACCAUGGAAUAUAAUUCAAGCGGGAAAGCAACCGGAGAAGCAGAUGUGCACUUUGAGACACACGAGGAUGCAAUUGCAGCCAUGGCCAAGAACAGGUCCAACGUGCAGCAUAGAUACAUUGAAUUAUUCCUGAAUUCAUCACCAAGCAGGAAAAAUGGCUGCCAGUGACAAUGGCAUAAUUCCCAAAGUUUAGGAUAAAUCAAGAUGCAUUUCAUUUGCACACUUUCCUCGAGCUGGACUACAGGAGUUCCUGUAACUAGCAAGGAUGACUUCUAAAGGACACUUUUUUCCUAAAUUGCCUUUCAAAGAAAACCCAGCAUCUGUACCUGAAACCCCACAAAUUGUUUGUGCAGGAUCUGUCUUAUGUAAAACCAAAAUUAAAAGUUGAGCUGUCCAUAAGCAUACUUCUUCCUACAGUACGUGUCCUGGUAGAGUGGCGGCCAAGCGGUGCCAUACGGGUGUAGCCCAGGCCGUCACCUUGUUUCUAAAUGUGAAGGAUGCUGUUGUAAUGCUGCCAGUUGCAUAGUCAUGGUUACGUAGUUGGAAAUAGGCUGCAGUUGGGGAGUUCUGGUUAACAUUAGUGCUGACUCAGCAGUUAAGUGGGGUUAGGCCAAGCUGGAGAGGUGAGGACUUGCAUUGUACAAGGGAGCAUCUGCAUCAUCCUGCAACCAGCCUCUGAUUGCUUUAAUCAUGGUAAAGCAGUUGGCAGAGUUGCCUCUGCCCUAGGCCAUUGCAAGGAACUUCAUACCAGAAAGACUGACCCAGGAAUGGGUGUUGUUGUCGUCCAUCAUGAUGGUGAAAUGGGGAAGGCCUUGGGGAGGUAGUGGGAGCAGCUUCUCCUAGGCAAAGCAAUGUGUGUGCAGCUGUCCCUUACACUGAAUGGGAGAGCGGAAGCUGACUCCUCCUGUGUCUCUAGUGGAAUACCUGGGGUGGUUGCUUGGGUUUCAAGACUGGGAUGUGUGAGAACCAUUAGGCUGUUGUGUACUGGCUGAAAAUAAAGUCCUUUAGAAAAGCUGUCGAAGGAAAUUCUUAACACACAUUAAGACUUGAGCGGUGUGGACAUGUAAUUCAGCCUGUCUGAGGUGAAAACAUGUUGACAACUGGUUUCAUGCUAGGGAGACUUCUAAGCAAGCAAUUUCCCAUAAGGAAGCUGUACCAAAUUGGGUAGUCUUUACCACCUGACUGUUUUAAAUCAACUGUCACCUUAGUGCAUAGAUGCUGCAAGCAUUGCACAUGUGCCGCCAACUCCCAGCUGGAUUUGAAUGUGUAUUUGGCAUAGGCAGGAAUACUAGCUUAGCACUAACUGGCCAGGAAAGGGGAGACUAUUCAGACUAGUGAAACUUGCUGGGCAGUCUUGGCCCUUCACAACUUCCCUACCAUACCUAUUUUACAACCCUGAAUAAGCAACCCGGUUUAAUGUGGCUUGCUGUUUGUGUGACAAGUGGCCAGUUCUGUAUUCUCAUAGUUAGUAGGGGCUAAUGUAUUCCAUAGGUGAAGCUGUGACCAACACCUCAGGCUCCAGCUGCUGCCACUGCCAGGUACUACAAGAAGUAAGUGUAAAGCAUUGCUCUUUAGUUUUGCCUGUCUGUCCAUCAAGUCCAUGUAUUCCUCUUAAUAAAGUGAGUUUUUUCUUAAUGCA